AUGAGUGGCCUAUCGAGCAUUGUGCUGGUCUGUUCUGUGCUUGCUGGCGUGAUCCACUUAAGGCCGACCACACGCAAACGUGUCCCGCCUGGACCCCGAGGUCUGCCACUCAUCGGCAACCUCCUCGACCUCAACAGCCCAGAUGUUCACAUCAAAGCUUGCGAAUGGUCGCGCGAGCUCAAUUCAGACGUCAUCUCUCUCAAUGUGAUGGGCAACACCAUGAUCAUCUUGAACUCAGCUCGAGCGACAUCGGACUUAUUCGAUAAGCGGGGUGCCUACUACUCAGACCGUCCUGAUAUGCCCAUGAUCGUUGAUUUGAUGGGCUGGGACUGGACGUUUGCGCUGAUGCGUUAUGGCCCUCGCUGGAAAGAGCAUCGUCGUGUAUUCCACACCCACUUCAAUCAAGAUGCCACGGAACAUCAGGGCAUUCAGCUCACUAUCGUACAAGAACUACUUCGUAGUCUCGCUCGCUCACCAGAGAGUUACCUGGGACAUCUGCGACACUAUGCUGCUCAUAUUAUCAUGAAGAGAGUAUACGGCCAUACAGUCCAGGACGAUCAAGACCGCUUCGUGCGUUUGGUGAAAGAGGCGUCCGCGACCACGUCAGAGGCUGCUGUUCCAGGCGCGUUCUUGGUCGACCUAUUCCCUAGUCUCAAGUACGUACCAGAAUGGAUGCCCGGUGCUUCAUUCAAGCGAAAGGCACGGGAAUGGCGACAACUGGCUCAGGAUAUGAUCAAUGCACCGUACGAUAUGGUGAAGGCCAGUUUCGCUGAAGGCAAUGCCGAACCUUGUUUCGUCGCCACAUGUCUUGAGCAAAAUGCGACCAAGGCGAUGGAUGGCGAGAAGGAGUAUCUCAGCGAAGAACUCAUCAAAGAUACAGCAGCAGUGGCAUACGCCGCCGGGGCGGAUACGACUGUAUCGACAUUGACGGCGUUUAUCCUGGCUAUGACCCUGCAUCCGGAUGCUCAACGGAAGGCUCAGGCCGAGAUCGACGCGCUUCUGAGCACGUCUAGUCGCCUUGAUCGCCUCCCGAUGUUCGCGGACAAGAACGACUCGCCAUACGUCGAUGCCAUAAUCAAGGAGGUCUUCCGGUGGUUUCCUGUUCUUCCCUUUGCGGUUCCUCAUCGAGCAACGCACGACGCAGUCUACAAAGGGUUCCUCAUCCCCAAAGAUGCGACUGUCAUGGGUAACGCAUGGGCGAUCUUGAAUGACCCCCAAGUCUUCGUCAACCCCGACAGCUUCAAUCCGGGUCGCUUCGUCGACACGCCGUCUCUACCAAACCCUGCCGAUCUAGGUAUCUUUGGCUUUGGAAGAAGAGCCUGCGCCGGUAAAGUCAUGGCUCUUGACACCGUCUGGAUUGCCGUCGCAUCUAUUCUUGCCGUAUUCGACAUUCGCAAGGCCACCGAUGCCCAGGGUCAUGAUAUUAUACCUGAACUAAAGAUUGAACCGGGUAGUAUAAGACACCCAUCGCCUUUCCUUUGCUGCAUUAAAAUAUGA